AUGGCCAAACAGCUUGCAAGCUUAAUUGUGGAUAUUAGUAAUGGUACUCGAGAAAGUCCAAUUGAAGGAACACCGCAAGCAUAUACUAAGAUAUAUACAGAUUGUUGGCAACAUGAUCCUAAUAACCGCCCAGAUAUUCAGAAAGUCUUUUUAGAUCUGGAAAAUUUAACUAUUAAUGAUAUCAAUAGAAGAGAACAAUAUAAUACUCACAAAUUAACUCAUGAAAUUAAUUUAGAACAAAAUAUUUUUACAUUUGAUUCAAAUUUGGUAAAUUUAAUGCCAAAUACUUCUUCAUUUUCAUCACCAUUAAACU